AUGGCGUCGUCGCCGCCACUGCCGCGCGUGUGCGUGACCGGCGGCGGCGGGUACAUCGCCUCGUGGCUCGUCAAGCUGCUCCUCUCCCGGGGCUACGCCGUCAACGCCACCGUCCGCGACCCACGCGAUCCGAAGAAUGCGUGCCUCGAGCAGCUGGAUGGGGCUCGGGAGAACCUGCGGGUGUUCAAGGCCGACAUGCUCGACUACGGCGCGGUGACGCCCGCGCUCGCCGGCUGCGAGGGCGUCUUCCACAUCGCCACUCCGGUGCCCGAGCAGGAGAUGGUUGACCCCGAGAAAGAGAUGAUGGAUCCUACUGUCAAGGGAACCAUGAAUGUACUCAAGGCCUGCUCAGCUAUGAACGUUGAGAAACUCAUUCUGGUUUCAUCUGCCGCCAGUAUUUGCUUCAAUCCAGAUUGGCCAGAAGAUAAAGUCAAAGAUGAAAGCUGUUGGUCAGACAAAGAGUUCUGCAAGGAGAAUAAGAGCUGGUAUUCGCUUGCGAAGACUGAAGCUGAAGAAAUAGCCCUGGAAUACGGUGAGAAGAACGGAUUGCAUGUCAUCACAUUCUGCCCUGGUCUGGUCUUCGGCCCUCUGUUGCAGCAUGUGGUGCUCAACACUAGCAGCAAGGUCCUCCUCUACAUGAUAAAAGGAGGCCCUGAUACGAUGAACAACAAGUUCUGGCCCAUAGUAGACGUCCGCGACGUAGCGGACGCGUUGCUCCUGUUGUACAACAAGGCGGGGCCACAUGAGAGGUACAUAUGCUCGUUAGACCAAAUGGACUUGAAGGAAUUGCUGGAGAUAAUGAAGAGCAUGUACCCAAGCUACAGUUAUGCAGACAAGAUGGUCGACGUGGAUUACAAAGGUGCACUGACUUCGGAUAAGCUGAAGAAUUUGGGGUGGAAACCAAGGAAAUUAGAGGAUACACUGGCAGACAGCGUCGAGUCGUAUGAAAAGGCAGGGCUUCUUCAUGUUUCAGAUGGCGAACCCUGCCGGCUUCCCUUCUUCUACCGCAUGGCACCUUUGGUGGAAUGA